AUGUCGAAAUUCGAGGAUGAGUUCGUAUACAACACUGAGUGGCACCUAGUCGUAGGACCUGGAACUGGACCUAAUUCACAGUCCCAGCCGUACAAAAAAGGAUUUCAUUCCCAGCUCCAGUAUCCUUAUACGAGAGACAUCCACUCUCAUACAGAUUGUGAUAGAAGUUCAGUGUCUUCAUUUUCCAGCCAACUCACAUUUCGUAAAACUAGAGAAUCUGAUGAAGCCAGGAAGCACUUUGUGGACGAGCACUGCUGGGACCUGAUAAGGAGGAUAAUCUUGGUGGAUCCAGUUCUAGAUGAUCUCUUUGAAGAGAAUCUACUAAAGGAGGAAGAGUACGAUUACUUACAGGGAAUUCCAACCUCCCAAAAGAAGAUGAUAGAGCUAUGUGACAUUGUCAGGGCCUGGGACUCCUCGAUGAAGGACCAAGUUUAUCUUGCCCUGAGACAGCACAAUUUGCCAUAUAUUAGAGUCUUAGAGAAAACUGAUCUAAUAAUGAGACAAAAGUGGGGAUCACAGUUUCAGAAAAUCACCUUGGAUUUGGAGGCAGGGAGUUCUGUUGGAAAACAUUUUUUGGAUAAACACAGAUGUGAACUGAUAGACAAUGUGAGCACAGUCAUCCCAGUUCUGGAGGAGCUCAGGGAAGAAGGACUGCUGACACCAGAACAGUAUGAUCAGGUUCUCCAUAAAGAAACUCCCGUGGAGAAGAUGACGGAGAUCUCUGGUAUCACCAACCACUACGAUAACACAAUGAAGGAUAAGUUCUACUUGUCUCUAAGAAGACACAACUACUCUUUCAUCAGAAACCUGGAGAGAGUUGACAGACAGACACGUUCUGAGCGUGUAUCUGAUACUGUGCAAGCAACAGAAUCCGGAAGGCAAGAAGAUGCCUGGUUUCCUGGAUUUAUUAGAUUUAUAAUCACUUGCGUCAUCUGUAUGGAGAUGUGUCACAACCCAGUAACACUGUCAUGCGGCCACAACUUCUGCUUGGAUUGUAUUGAGAAUACUUGGGACAACCAGGAUAAAGAUGAUAUCUCAUGUCCUCUCUGCAAGCAAAGAUUCAAGAAGAGACCUGAACUGAAGAGGAACAUCAUCCUAUCCCAAAUCGAAGAGCUCUGUCAAUCAUCGAAGUCCAGCAAGAAGUCUGAUGGCUUCUGUACGUAUUGUCUUCACGAUAAUGUGCCUGUGGCUAAGAGCUGUCUGCUGUGUCAAGCUCUGCUGUGUGGAGACCAUCUGACUGUCCAUAGUAAGAAUGGAGAACACGUCCUCUUAGAGCCCUCCCCAUCUCUAGAGAUUAGAAGAUGCUUCAUCCAUAACAGGGUCCUCGAGUUUUACUGCGUCCAGGACUCACUCUGUAUCUGUGCCUUCUGCUGUAUAAUGGGGGAGCACAAAGAACACCCGGUGGAACUGGCGAAAGACGCCAUGGAAAGGAAAAAAAUCCAGCUGAGGGAUAUCCUAGAGAAUCUGACCCUGAAAAAAGAAAAAAUAGUGAAAAGUAUAAAGGUUUGCAGGAAAGCAGAACAAAGGAACGUAUCUGCAGCCAGAGGAGCCGGUGAUGUCGUGGUCCAAGAGAUAAGGGACAGUCUGGGUGCAGAAGUCCUGGGGGACAUGCAGGAAGGACAAGCUUCAGCCUCUGAGCUCAUUAAACAUCUGGAAGCAAGACGCGAUGAAUUGCUCCUUGAUAUAGAGUCCAUGGAAGAGCUGUGCUAUGUGACCGACCCAAUACUGCUCUUAUGAGACCAGCUGAAGCCUGACGUACAAUGAUUUUAAGGUGGUCUAUAUUGUCGAUAUUGGUUUUAAAGUUCUAAUCAUAAUUUUAGAUGUGUAGAUGUCGGGUGUAGGAGCUGAUAUAAUGUAUAAUAAAGCAAUCUGCUGGUAACUUGUUGUGUGUAGAUGUCGGGGUGCAAGGUGCUGCCUGUGGGAUCUUCUUCACCGUAGCAGCAAACCAGCGCCCCAG